AUGGCGCCGUUUGUCGAGUUUGGGGCGGCGGCGGCGGCAGAUGCAGGGGAAGCGAGACGGGAAGGAGAUGGAAAACUAGGGGAAGAAGAAGCACGGGAGGGGCUUGUGGAAGAGGAUGAGGAGGACGAUUCCUGGUCGUCGGACUCAGAUGUGGGUGACGCCUUGGACUGGCUUGAUGCGAGGGAGGGGGCGGAAGUCGGUUCCGGCGGGGGUCCGGGGGCAUUCUCUUACGCCCCUUCGAGGAGGCCAAACGCGCACGGAGGUCUCCUGUCCCGCCCGUUCCAGCCGAUGUCCAAUCGCAACCAGAAGCUCUCCGCUCACAUCCGUGCCGACCCUUUGGAGGUAUUAGGGUUUUCUGACAUGUGAUUUGGUUCUAGUUGGUGCUCUUCGUUUGUCUUUGAUUAUUAACUUUGGUACUUAACCUUAUCAACUGGGAAAUCCGGUGGUUUAGGAGUGGGAAGGAAGGGUAAACGUCGGCAUGUCGAACUCGGUGACGACGGCAAUCCGGGGAAGUGUCCGGGACAUGGCAAUAGGGAAGAUCCGGAAUACGGAGAAAGCGGACCGUGCCACUGUGGAGCAGGUUAAGUCCUCUAAUUUAGAUAUAGUAUUUUUCAUUGAAUUUCUCUAGUCUUGCAUCGUGAAUAACUCAUUUUUUUUCCGUCUUAGCUGAAGAGGAACAUUUGGUUCAAUGACGGACGAUGACGCUGUCUAUUAUGCACAAUGCUUUUUAUUAGCAAGAUAUUUUAUCUAUCUUUGAGAUCUUCGGGUUUAGUUUUACUGCUUAGUUGACAUGUAGCUUUUAUGUAGCUUACAUAUUUCCAAUCGAUUCACAGGACUCUGACAUAUUCAUACCUAAAAAUUAUCCGAAAAGUUGUGGCCAAACGUAGCACUUAUCCAAAUCUUUCGAUUUUGCAAUUCAAUCGGAUUCAUUUGUUCCUAGAGCUAUUUUACUCGAUCGCAAACACUUCUUCCAGGAGCAUUUUUUUUUUUUCAUCUAGACUUCAAUGCUUACAAACAUAAUUAAUGCUAUGUUUUGCAGGCAAUUGAUCCUAGAACUCGCAUGGUUCUCUUUAAAAUGUUAAAUCGUGGUGUAUUUCAUGAUAUCAACGGUUGUAUUUCUACUGGGAAAGAGGUAAUGCAUUCAACUUAUGAGUAUUACCAUCCACAGAGCUUUAUUUUUAAAUUUUUAUUACGUUAUUUUAGUAUCUAGUUUAGACAUUCUUGAAGCCAUGCUCCCUACAAGGAAAACAUGGAAAAGGUUUAUAUGAAAUGUGCAUCCUGGAAUUGUUUAUUUGAAGAAAAUGUUGGUGUUGGGCUUUCUGAAACACCCUUGAAACAUACAGAACUGUAUAGGCAUACUCUGUGGUGUUUGAUUCUUUGAACUUGUAAGCUUCUUUUCCGAGUUAUCAUCCAACAAAUUAAAUACUAUAAACUUCCCUAGUUUAAAGCAUGCUUGAACCAUUUUAUGUUAUUUUGGAGGAAAUGUUGUGACUGGGCGACCUGAGCAUUUUUCUGACAACACUAAGGUGCAAGAUACUGUCAUCUGCUAUAUGCAUGUGGCGUACGAUCCUUUACGGAGGAAAAUUUAUCUCGGAGUUCUUUGCCCACCUGUACAAUAUAACUAUCCAUAUUUCUAUAUUUCUUUAAAGCACUGCCUGGAGCUGUAAUAUGCAGCUACUCAUGAUCGGUUACAAGAUCAUCUCAGGCUCUAAGCGUCCUCUGCUCUCCGUGUUCCAUGGGGAAAAAUGGAAGAUAUUUACCCAAAAGUUUAGUUGUAGGCGCAUUAAAAGUUAGAAUGGCAAAAACUAGUCCUUAUGGCAAUAGAUGAUUAGUUGAAAUAAACCUUAGAAGAGGCUCACCACAUCACAAUGACCACACUCGUUUCUCUUCAAGUGGAAGCCAACUUCAUGUCAUCUCCCGUUCUGCGAAGGCCAAGUUUUGCCAUGCGUUCGUAACAUAUGAGCCAGCAUAUGGUGAUAUCCUCUGAUGAGUUUCGCCUUCCUUUCCCAAAAGAAAAGCAGAGAAUGAAUUCUUAACAACAUCAGCGAAGUUCCCAUUACCCCAUAUGUUGAUGUGGGACGUAUGUGAAAGAUGAAUUUUGGCCACUCAGUGGGAUGUCUUCAUAAAUGCAUCUGUUGUUUCCAAUCCAAAUAUCCCCAAUGGCAUCUCACAAAGAAUCAUGUGUUGGUCCGUCCUAUUAAAAAAAUGGUAUUAUGCAUCAAGUAUUUCGAGAAAUCUGCCCAUUACCAUGAAUAUCUUUCGUUUUGUGUGAAAAUCUGAUCCCCCAGUGAAGAUCUACUUCAGUAUGAAAUUUCAAAGGGAUUCACCUUUAUUUCUCUAGUUUUUGAUUGUCAUAUCUAGAUGAUGAAUUAUUUUGAUGUGUCUCAUUUAUUGAAUAAUAAUGAAAGGAUAUCCCAGGAGAACGUGAAUGCUGUCUUUAUUGUUAACUUUUGGAUCUGGGUGUCGGAUUAUCGGAGUCCAUCUCAUUUGAUUCUAAAUUUCAUUGUAUAGGCAAACGUAUAUCACGCAACAAAAGUUGAUGGUCAGGAACUGGCAAUCAAAGUGUACAAAACCUCAGUUCUGGUUUUCAAGUAAGUCUUUUUAUUUAAGCGAUAUAUUUCAUGUAUUGAAGCUCUUAAUGAGUUUCCCUUAUAGAUGCUGUCCUUGGUUUCUUGCCUCUGACAUGAACUGUGAACGUUUAGGUAGCAUUAUUUCUAGUCGCACCGGCUGUAAAACACCAUUCUCUUGAGAAAAAAAAAAUUAAUUAUUGAAAAGAUGAGGCUGCAUAUUUCUGACUUGUGCCACAUAGCAUGGAAGAAAGUGAUGACUGAUCUGAUGCACAAUGUGUCUCGACCAUGAAACACGCAAUUUAACAUGCGGUUUCGGUUCUAAUUUUAUUUUCUUUAACAGGUAUUUUAGCAGCUAAUAAUAUUGAUUAUGAUGUUGAUCUUAUUUGUAUUAAAACACAUUGACAGUAUUGCUCGACUUUCUACUUAAGUGAGAUGCUUGUGAUACAAAAUGUUUCAUUUGACGUGAUAAUUUACUAUAAGUAUGGGAGUUAAUAGUAAAACUCUUCUGUUCACAACCAAUAACCAGGAAGUGGGACAUCUCACAUUAUAGCUAUAUCUUCAACGGAAGAGAAAUAAGCCAUGACGACAGUUCCCAUUUUCUCAAAUAACCUGAUUUAAAGUUUGGUUCGUUUAUUUCCAAAGAAAAUAUUGGAAUUCGUGCUUUGCUUCCGAUCUGGACCAGUCUCUGAAGGAGCAUAUUAGCGUUAAUACAUGGUUGCUGUUGUAGUCUAAUUGCAAUUGUGGGUGGGACUGUUAAUCUUUUGGAAAAAAGAUAGGCAUUUACUAUUAGGAUAUGCUUAGUCCUUGUAGAGAUAGAUUCAACUUGCAUCAAAGAAGCCAUGCUCUCCUAGGGCAGUUGACGCCAAACCCAUAUCAGAAAACGAGUUUGCAUGUAAAUGGGCUUGCAAUUUAUGACAAGGAGGGAUAUUUUUCUGCAAUUGCUUGACAGUCUGUGGUUUACUGUACAAUCGCGAGGAUUGUUUUCAGGUGAAAGGAAGAUCUAAAAACUUUGUCCCUUUUUCUUGAUGAGAAUCAUGUGUUACCUGUUUUUCCUCUUAACAAGAUGUUAAUUGCAUUGUUACUUAGUAAAAAGCUAUUGCAUUGUUUAAGGAAAAUGGUACUGUGUUGCAUUACAGGUUGUGAUUAUGGUUAAAAAUGUGCGUACAGUGUGAAAUAAACUUGCUAAUUCCAUAUGUGGUCUACAGGGAUAGAGAUCGGUACGUACAAGGUGAUUACCGUUUCAGAUUUGGAUAUUGUAAGCAUAAUCCAAGGAAAAUGGUGAAGACUUGGGCUGAAAAGGAGAUGAGAAAUCUUUUGAGGUAUGGCAAGGGUACUUACAUGGAAAUAAGUUCUUGUUUUCACUGAUGUGCUUCGAGCAGGAGGCCACUAAUUAUAUUCUUAUUCGUCACCUUCUAUCAGUUUUGUGAUCCCCAUUUCUUUUUAUUGUUAUGCUGAAAAGAUUUAUUGCUCAGAACCCGCGCUUUCGAAUCGACACCUCCAAUUUUUGAACUGUUGUUCAUGAGCAUCUCCACUUGAAACCUACUCCAUGAGAACACAUCGUAAUGAACUAAGAAAAGUUUCAUCAAUAUGAUGCCAGUAUCAUUCAUCUUACUAUUAUUGUACUUGUAGUUAUCCUUAGAGCUCCGUCAUCAUCAUUACUCCGCACUUGUAGUUGCCUUGAAGUCUACAGCAACCAUAUAUUUAGGUUAAAACUCUCAUUGUUUCCGUUGUGUUUCCUUUGCUGAAGGGUAAAGGCAGCUGGAAUACGAUGCCCGACGCCAGUCCUCUUGAGGCUUCAUGUUUUAGUUAUGGACUUCAUAGGUAAUCCGGUUCAUUUUGGUUUGUUACUGGUAAACUUUUAAUCUUAGGAAUCGUAAAAUUAGGGUAGUAUCCUUACUUUUAAGGUUGUCUCCUGGAUGCUGGCGUUUAGAUUUAAUUUUAUGACCCUUAUUACAGGAAGAUCUGGCUGGGCUGCUCCUCGACUCAAAGAUGCUUCUUUAUCUGAGGACAAGCUGCGAGAGGCUUACAUGGAGGUCUGCUUUGGCUUUUAUCUUCUAUCAUCUGUUGAACUUUGCAAAUAAUGUUCAGGGUCGAUUUUCCAUUGCUGAAAUCAAUGUAUUAUGGUUUGAAGGAAUCAUAUUGCUAUAAAUAUCCUUUUUUUGAUAGAUCAUCCAAACUGUGCGAGAUAUGUACAAUUUUUUUUAUUUUUUUUUGUGGACAGAUUAUUACUAUGAUGAGAACCAUGUAUCAGAAAUGCAAAUUGGUGCAUGGUGACUUAAGCGAAUACAACAUACUAUACUUUGAGGUGAAUGAUUUGAUUUGUGGCAUCAAAGUGCUGGCCUGGCACAUGUUUCAAGAUCAUACUGCAGAUUUAUCUUUGCAAUUGAAAAUUGAAUCGUCUGUGGGCUUUUUUUGCAGGGGCACCUCUACAUUAUUGAUGUUUCACAGUCUGUCGAUCUCGACCACCCAAGCGCAUUAGAUUUUCUAAGGGAGGAUUGCAUCCAUGUCUCGGUAGGUAACAUAGGAAAUUAUGAAAUUAUUUGCGUUUGUAGUGGAUUUCUCCAUAACAUAUGAGAAGAUAUAUCAUGUUUUCUGUCUGGAUUCAGAAUUUCUUCAAGAAACAUGGAGUGGCAGUCAUGACUGUCAAAGAGUUAUUUGAUUUUAUUACCGAUCUGACAAUUGCCGAUGAAUCCGUGGAUGAUUACUUGGAGAAGGUUUGAGUUGUUAUUACAAAAAAUUAAAAAAAAUACUCGACCCUCUUUGUUUUUAUGAAACCCACCUGUUAUUGACAUGAUUAUUUGGUGAUUAUAGGCUCAACACAGGGUUUUGGAGAGAGGGGACGCAGCUUCUGCCGAGGAUGAAAUUGCUCCGGCCAUAUUUAUUCAGGUACUUCACUGAUUUGACCUAAUUGGCCCAGCCCAUCCCAGUCUCUCUCUCUCUCUCUCUCUCUCUCUCUCUCUCUUUUCUCAGGAUAUGUUUUUUUCCAUGCUGCUCAUCUGUUGGAGUGACUCUUUUUUUUAAAAAUCUAAUUUGUACUUUCGAAGACGUUGGAUCACAUAAAGAAAUGCGAGGAGGACCUCGUCCAGAUGUCGCUGCUCCAACGCCCAGAGCUUGCCUACGAGCUGACCGCAGAGGGGAUCUACGACAAGCCCUUGAUGGCCUUCAUCGACGUCCAGAAGGAGGCUCCUCCGCAGCAGAAACCAGGGAAACCAGUGGAGCAGCUCCCACAGAUCGAAGAAGGCUCACCAGAUCAACAGACGGGAUUGGAGGCGGAAACAGGGACGACGGACGAUGAGACUUGCAGCAGCGAUUCCGACGAGGACAGGUCGAGAUCGUGGGACGAUCCAAAGAUGUCUGUGGACGAGAAGAGAGCUGCUCGGAAGGAGCACAAGAAGAAGGUGAAGGAGGAGAAGAGGGAGGCCCGCAAGACCAAGAUCCCCAAGGCCGAGAAGAAGAAGAGGAAGAAGCUGGCAAAGGCCAAGUGCAGUAGGUAG